AGUGAGCACAUACUAAGGAGGAUUAAGCAACUCAGGAUUAGGUGGAACUUCGCUAGGGCUCUCAAUUUUACACUUGCUGCCGCUUCUCCGGUGCUUUCAACUCCACCCCAUCAAUCGGACAGUUGCAGGAUCCGGCAUCUCAUAUGGCUAUCCGAGCUUGAGUAGAGACUACAGUGGAACUUUUUGCUACUAGUUUAUGCCUACAUCCAAUAGCCUGCAGCAGCAGAGCAUGAAACAGUAGUACCUACAUACUCAACAGCGAACCAGUAAAAAAGACAGCCUCAAAUCCACCAGCAACACCUUCAACAAGUCAACAUUUUGUCAAUGUCAUUGGUGAAGGAUGGUAAUUGUCAGACAACAGUGGCCACCUAUGUGAGGAUGGCAGAGAUAGAAGGGAGGGGGAGGGCAUUGGUUGCCUCUAAGAACCUAAGGGCAGGGGAAAUUGUCCUAAGGGACUCCCCUGUCCUUGUCUAUUCAGCUCUUCCUUUAAAAUCUCUACCCACUCUACAAGGAGGAGAGGGCAGUAACCAUCACUACUGCACCAAUUGCUUCAGAAAGUUAGAUCUUUCUAGCCCCUCUGUUUUAUCAUGCCCCUCGUGCUCUGUUGGAGGAGAUCACAUCCCAGUCCUCUUCUGCAGCUUCAACUGCCAAUCAGUAGCUCUUGCAUUGUCCCACACCCCUUGGGUCUGCCAAGCCCUACGUGGUCUUCGAGACUGCCAUUCACUACUGAUUCACCACCAACAAGAACAUCAAGUCCAAGUUCGUUUCCUCAUUGCUGCCUAUAAUUUGGCAAUUGUUUCUCCUUCGAAUUUCCAUAUUCUGCUGUCUCUUCAAGGCGAUUCCCUUGCUCAGCCUGAUGAUACUGCCCCUUUCCUUCAUUCUCUCAUCUCUUCCAUCUGCCCCCCUCCACUUCCUCCUCAGAUCUCUACUGGAUUCAGUUUUUCAUUGGAGCUAACUUCAGCCUUACUGGCUAAGGACAAGCUCAAUGCUUUUGGCCUGAUGGAGCCUUUUGUCAAAGAUGGGGAGAGAUCUGUCCGGGCUUAUGCCAUCUAUCCAAGUGCUUCUUUUUUCAAUCAUGAUUGCCUGCCCAAUGCUUGUAGGUUUGAUUACCUUGAUGCUUCUGCUGCUUCCACACCGGCCAACACUGACAUCAUUGUCAGGAUGAUUCAUGAUGUUCCCCACGGCAGGGAGAUUUGUCUGAGUUAUUUUCCUGUCAACCUCAACUAUGCAGAUAGGCAGCGUAGGUUGAGAGAAGGUUAUGGUUUCACCUGUGAGUGUGAUCGCUGCAAGGUUGAGGUGAACUGGUCCGAUGAGGAGGAGGAUGAAGAGGGCUUGAGUGGGGAGGAUGAGGCAAUGGACGAGGAGCAUGAUGAACUUAUGGAAAAUUCAGAGGCCGAGGAUGGCGGCGUCAAAGAAGAAAGUAAUUUCCCUCAUGCAUAUUUUUUCUUGAGGUACAUGUGUAAUCAAAAGAAUUGCUGGGGUACAUUGGCUCCACUGCCUCCAUCCCCAUCAGAUGGAACUCCAUCAAGUGUGUUGGAGUGUAAUGUCUGUGGCAAAUUGAAGAAUGAUGAUGAGGAAGCAAUGGAUGCCUUAGAGGAAUGAGUUCAUUGAUGCUUCUGUAGGUAAUUUCAUCUCUUCACUGCUCAUCUGGUCCCUAAUUUUGCGCAAUUGCUUGUCACCUUUAUCAUACCCUUUAAUUUUAAUAAGAGAACAUGCUUUCUUUGUUUCAUUA